GACAAGACGGAGACAGGGGAACUAGAAAGCAGAAGAAACUAGACAGAGAAACAUUUUUUUCCUAGUAAAACAGGAAUAUAUAACAUACUAGCAGCACACAUGGUACCAAAAGGGAUCUAUAUGCAUGGCUACAUUUAUGGAGAAAUAAACCACAGAGACACAUGCUGAAGCCUAAUUUGCACUGGAAAUAUUGCACUUGACUUAAUGUCACGAGAACCACAGGCGCUUUUCCGUCAUACAGGAAGAUGAAUUGGAUGCAACAGUGGUGCAUGUGCGCUCACAUAUCUCUCUGCUGAAGCUUAACAGCCUAUUAGAGAAUAAUUGCGCUCCAACUGCAUUAACUGGGCGCACCGUGUGUGCAGCAGUAAAACCUAUAGAGAGCUGAGUCCUGUCCCGAAGUGGCAAGACUCUCUGGCAUGGCUCCUUGCAGGCAGCAGAGUAAGGAUUGGGUUGUAUUUUUGGAAGGGUGUGUGUGUGUGGAUUGGUCGCCUUGUUAGGUCUGCUAAAAUAUUUCCAACAGCAGCGACUGUCGGGAGAUAGCUGGGUGGCAGGGACAGGGGGAAAGGGGCUUUUCUCUGUGGCCACCUGGUAAAGCCAUGUAAGAUCCCUGGCUUUUCAAGGCAGAAAUACAGAAACAAUUCCGAUUCAGUAACCGGUAAUAGGAUCCAAAUUUGCAACGAGGUAUAAUUUAUCCUGGAGGGAAUCCGUGGAGUGGGUAGUUAAUUAGCUUAAUCGACGAAUCCAAUAAGACAGUGGAGUAAUCCAGAGAAAAGAAGGGAGGAAAAACAGAAUAAAGUGUGAAGUGCGCCCCGGAGCUUCAUGGACACGCUCAGAAACCCCCAAACCAACUUCCAAAGAAGAAACCAAGUUCAGCACUGAGGGUAUCUCCUGCCAGUUUUAAUGUCAGGUGAAGGUGAAGUCAGACUAACGGAGCUCUUAUCUUUAGACAGGUAACAGAAAAAAAAAAAUCAGCUUUACUUUCUGUGCGUUUUUCUGCGGUGAGGAAUGAGUGGAGGUCGCUUUGAGUUUGAUGACGGUGGAGCUUACUGCGGAGGCUGGGAGGGGGGCAAAGCCCACGGCCAUGGCAUCUGCACCGGACCCAAAGGACAGGGCGAGUUCUCGGGCUCCUGGAACUACGGCUUCGAGGUGGUGGGAGUCUACACCUGGCCCAGCGGGAACACCUACGAGGGAUACUGGUCGCAGGGGAAGCGUCACGGUCUGGGAGUAGAAACCAAAGGACACUGGAUUUACAAAGGGGAAUGGACUCAUGGAUUCAAAGGGAGAUAUGGCGUCCGGAUCAGUGUUGGCAGCGGAGCAAAGUAUGAGGGGACAUGGAAUAACGGGCUCCAGGAUGGAUAUGGCACAGAGACGUAUGCGGAUGGAGGUACAUUUCAGGGUCAGUUCACUGGUGGGAUGCGGCACGGCUAUGGUGUUCGACAGAGCGUCCCCUAUGGCAUGGCAGCAGUUGUCCGCUCCCCUCUUCGUACCUCCUUGACCUCCCUUCGCAGUGAGCACAGCAAUGGCACCGUCCUGCAGCAAGACGUCCCAAUCAUCACCACCACCAAUGCCUCAGGUGAGGAGACACCCGUCGCCACUCCUACCCAGCUGGGACCGUCUCGAGGAGGCUUUGCCCUCACACUCCAGGUGGACCCUGGGGCUGUUAAAAACAAGAAGAAGGGCCUAUUUCGCAGGAGCUCCCUACUGGGUAAGCUGAAGAAGUCCGACUCAAGCACAUCGCUGUCCAGCCAGAAGAGCAAGAUCAGCUUCCUGAGGCCGGAUUCAGCUCUCAGCUCCAACGCCAGCGACACCAACUCCACAGUCAGCAUUGGGGAUGAAAGUCUGGCUGGAGCUGAGGAUUUCCCCCCAGUGGAGGCUGACAUUGACGCCACCACCACAGAGGUCUACAUGGGCGAGUGGAAGAAUGACAAGCGCUCAGGAUAUGGAAUAAGCGAGAGGUCCAGCGGGCUGAAGUAUGAGGGUGAGUGGCUCAAUAACCAAAGACACGGCUACGGAUGCACCACGUUCGCUGAGGGAGGGAAGGAAGAAGGCAAGUACAUGAACAACAUGCUGGUGAAAGCCAUGAAGAAGAGGGUGAUCCAGCUGAAGGGAACCAAGAUCAAGCAGAAGGUGGAGCGGGCAGUGGAGGGUGCUCAGAGGGCUGCAGCCAUCGGCAAGCAGAAGGCAGAGAUUGCUGCUUCCAGGACAGCCCAUGCCAAGGCCAAGGCAGAUGCAGCUGAGCAGGCUGCCCAGGCCUCCAACAGAGAGUCCAGCAUUGCCAGACUGGUGGCCAAAGAGCUCUCCCCUUCCUUCUACCAGCCAGGUCCUGAGUAUCUGAAGAAGAGAGCGUUACAGUUGGCCGUGGAAGGCAGUGAGACCACAGAGACCAUCAUGCAUGAACCCCUGCUAGCUGAGGAGGAGCCACUGCCUACACCACCUGAUAGCCCGGUUAUGAAUGAACUGGACAGCCUCAUGCCUAGCUCAUCCCCAGGUCGCACGCCUUCUCCAAGCCCAGGCAUCAUGAGCAAGGAAGAGCCCAAACUCCUCAGUCCAGGUAGCUGGAAUGAAGACAAAACCAGUAAAAGUGGUGGAAGUAGUAAACUCAACGGCAAGCAAGGCAGUCGUCCCACUACUCCCCCUGCUCCUGCUUCAACUGUAUCUGAAGGAGGAGGAGGGGCCACCAGCAGUCGUGGCCCAUCUCGUACCCCGAGCCGCCAGAGCAACAAGAACGAGCAGGGUUCUGACAUGGAGAUCAAGCCACUGCAGAAGUUUGACUCUGAGGCAAAAGCAUCAGAUGCCACUACAGCCCCUGCUGCCCCUGUAAGGAAUAGCCUCAUCUCACCAGAUGAAGAAGAAGAAGAAGAAGAAGAAGAAGAAGAAGAAGCACCACGUCCCAUCUCCAAAGCUCCCUCCAAAACGCCUUCCAAAGCGUCUUACAAAUCUGUAACUCCUGAGUCUAAAGCCUCCGAGGUAAAAAGCGAAAGAGCACCACCAACAAAAGAAAGAGUGACACCUGUAUUUGAGAACAAAGUGGAGUCCAGGGAACCGAGCAGGCCUCCCAGUAAAGCGGAAACAAAACCGCUACCAAAACGGCAACCCAGCCCAGCUCCAGCUCCAAAACCUGCUCCGAGUCUUGAACCUAAAAUGGCACCAAAGCCAGUGGAAGCAAAAUCUGUAGUUGCCAGACCGGCAGCGAAGGUGGAACCCAAAGCCGAAGUCAGACCCAAGCCCAUCCUGUCGAGCCUCAGUAACGAGGUGACCCCAGAGUCUUUGGACAUGGAGGGCCCAAACACCAUCAUGAUCUGCAUGGUAAUCCUGCUCAACAUCGGCCUGGCCAUUCUCUUCGUUCACAUUUUGUCAUGAGACAUUUUCCACCUCCUCAGUUUGCUACAGGUUAACGGCAGUGUCAGAGAGAGAUGGGCUUCCUCCUCCUCCUCAGUAAAGACCAGAGAUCAAAGACAACACUGAGGAGGAACAGAAGCCUCACGCAGACCGCUGCAGCUCCUAGGAUGGUUUUUGUUGAUAUGACUUUGUGAGGCUCUGCGAAGCUCCUCUCUUUCAAGAGGUUAGAGAAACUGAAGGACAUUGAAGGGCUGGCACUGUUCAGUGCAUCUAAAAAAGAUUUGUUUAGAGGAAAAAAAAAAUUUGGUGGGUGAAUGGUAGGUUAUGUCCCGGUGAUGAUGCUGAGGAAAGAAGGGUGGCACUCAAGAAUUCAACUUUUUCACAGUGUGUCAUGAGCGUGUCAACAUUUUUGCAAUAUGGCUUUUAAAUAAACACUUAAUUGGCAUUCAGACUAUCUGGAUCUCACAAGAGUGAAUCAGGCACAUAAGACAAACCCAGCUAGAUACGUUUUUAAUCGCCAGACUGAAUAUUCUCUCUAUAAGGCCUUGAACUUGAUUGUUUAGACACAAAAACUACAGCAGAUGUGUGAAGGGUUUGGGCGUGAUAACUGUUACUGUCAGGAGUAGGGAUCUCGCGUGUGUUGAGUCUCAUCAAGAAGCUCUCCGAGUGGUACUGUAAAAAAAAAGGGGUUUAUUUACUGGCAACAUUUUCAAAGCGUUGUGAGUUUCUGCAAAAUCUUUGAGACUGUGGUGUACUACACUGUGAAGUUUUCAGUUUUCACUGGGAUUUAUGUGCAUUUCCUGUCAUUCUGCUGCUUUGCUUUGGGGAAGCUGAUAAACCAAAUAGAGAAGGGAAAAUAAGAAGCUUAUGAGUGCCGCUGCUGCUGCGUAGGUUCCUGUGGUGUCGUGCAAUGCUGUUAAGCACCCAGGCAGCUUUAAUACAGAGUUGUGCAAGUUUUGCAAGAGGAAAAUGAUGGCUGGAGUUUAUCUAAUUUGAAACUGUCACUGUAUGUUGUUGUAAGGUUGCUGGAUCUACAUAAUUAUCUUGCAGCAGGGAGUGGGUUGGGUUCAUUAUUUUAUGUGUCAGUGUAGAAAACUGUCCACUGCUUUAUUUUCAGGGCCUGUUGUAAGAUCAGCUUUUGUACACAUGAGAACACUUUGUAUGCAUCUGUGUUUUUGUACCUUUUUUGAAGUGCACAUCUUUACAGCAUUCAAAAUAUUCUGUUGUAGGAUUUUGGGGGGAGGGCUCAUUAGUACAAUCAGAAGUUGUAAUCCUAAAAUUUGUUUCCCAAAUGAGUCAGAUUACCUCAUGUUUGUGAGAUGGAGGAAAAUAGAAAGAUUCUUAACUCCAUGUCUUAUAUUGAGAAGAAAGCUUUUAUUUUCUUAACCCAGUUAGGAUUUAAAAGGAACAGAGUUUUAGCUGCAGUUUUUUUGUUGUUGUUUUUUUUUUUUUUUUUUGCCUUUGAGUUUGCAAAUGUACACACAGACCACUAGUGGAAAAAGUCUACAAGCAUAUAAAACUGUUUUGAAAGUAGUAAAAACCAGUUUAAGAAAUUCCCCAUUGUGGUUUACCUGUAAUCUACCAAUGCAUUCAAUGAUUCAUACCAGUGUCAAUGCAAAUGUGGAAGCCACUUUAUUUUUUCUGUUUUAGAGCAGAAAUACAGCUGAAGUCAAAUAAAAACUUUUACACUUGUGAA